AUGACCUCACCCACCGCCCUCCCCGAUGACCUCACCCGCCGCCCCGCUCCCCGGACCCUGUGCCCUCCCCUCCCCCGACGACCUCGGAGUCGCGGCGCCUCCCCGCGAUGCCCCACCGCCGAAGCAGGCCACGACACCGCCCCCUCCCCCGACGACCUCACUCGCCGCCCCUCCCCGACGAUCUCACCCGCCGCCCCGCUCCCCGGACCCCGCGCCCUCCCCUCCCCGGACCCCGCGCCCUCCCCUCCCCCAAUGACCUUGGAGCCGUGGCGCCUCCCCACGACCCCCACCGCCGGAGCAGGCUGCGGCACCGCCCCUCCCACCGGUCUUCCUCCCACUGCGCUGGCCCUCCACCACCGCGCCAGCCCUCCUCCACCGGCCCUCAAGGUUUGUUUCACUUCAUGGAAGCAGCAUUGA